GCGGAGCGGAGCGAAGCGGCCGUCGGGUAACGACGCGCCCGCUCGCUGCUCUUUCCCCCCGCGUUUCCGUGAUCCGCUCCCCGCCCGGGUCCCGCGGGUGCAGCAUGAAGUGCGGGGAUGGCCCGGAGAGGUAAGACGGCGGUGAGGACGCUGGAAGACCUGACGCUGGACUCCGGGUAUGGUGGUGCGGCGGACUCGGUGCGCUCCUCCAACUUGUCGCUGUGCUGCUCGGAUUCGCACCCCGCGUACCCCUAUGGAGGAAGCUGCUGGCCGCACCUAACUGACUCCAUGCACAGUCGGCACAACAGCUUCGACACCGUCAACACCGUCCUAGCGGAAGACUCCGAGGUGCUGGACUGCGCGGGGCAGCAGUGCUCCCGGCUCCUGCCCGACCUUGAGGAGGUCCCCUGGAGCCUGGAGGAGGUGGAGGCACUGCUGCUGCCGCCGCCGCCGCGCCGGGAGCCGCGGGCGCCGGGCGCCGCCAGCCCCGGGAGCCGGGAUGCGGCGGCGCGGCUCUCGACGCUGGUGAGCCGGGCGCUGGUGCGCAUCGCUCGGGAGGCGCAGCGACUGAGCCUCCGCUUCGCCAAGUGCACCAAGCACGAGGUGCGGAGCGCCAUGGAGAUCGUCCUGGGCUGGACGCUGGCGGCCCGCUGCACGGCAGCCGCUCUCGGCGCCCUCUCCCUCUACAACAUGAGCAGCAGCGGCGGCGACCGCUUCAGCCGCGGCAAGUCGGCCCGGUGCGGACUGGCCUUCUCCGUGGGCAAGUUCUACCGCUGGAUGGUGGACAGCCGCGUGGCCUUGCGCAUCCACGAGCACGCUGCCAUCUACCUCACCGCCGGCACCGAGAGCCUCUUCCGCGACAUCCACGCUCGGGUGCUGGCCGGCCCCGCCAAGGAGAAGGAGGGAGGCGAGGCGCCCCGCUUCACCCUGGAGGCGCUGGAGCAGACGGUCAACAACGACCCCGAGCUCUGGGGUUUGCUGCAGCCCUACCAGCACCUCAUCUGCGGAAAGAACGCCAGCGGUGUUCUCUGCCUGCCCGACAGCUUGAACCUUCACAAGGACCAGCAGAGGUCAAACAAGCCCGGGGAGGUGCAGAUGUUCAGCCAGUCAGAGCUAAGGACCAUCGAGCAGUCUCUACUUGCCACACGCGUGGGGAGCAUCGCUGAACUCAGCGACCUGGUGUCUCGAGCGAUGCACCACCUGCAGCCCCUCAAUGCCAAGCAGCACGGGAACGGGACGCCGAUGCACCAGAAGCAGGGAUCCUUCUACUGGGAGCCGGAGGCUCUGUACACCCUUUGCUACUUCAUGCACUGUCCGCAGAUGGAGUGGGAAAACCCCAACGUGGAGCCCUCGAAAGUCACGCUGCAGACUGAGAGGCCGUUCAUCGUGCUGCCUCCCCUGAUGGAGUGGAUUCGGGUGGCGGUGGCUCACGCCGGGCACCGGCGCAGUUUCUCGGUGGACAGCGAUGACGUGCGGCAGGCGGCCAGGCUCCUGCUGCCGGGAGUUGACUGCGAGCCUCGGCAGUUAAAGAUCGACGACUGUUUCUGUGCCUCUCGGAAGCUGGAUGCAGUUGCCACCGAGGCCAAGUUCAAGCAGGACCUGGGUUUCCGGAUGCUCAACUGUGGCCGGACGGAUCUGGUUAAGCAAGCCAUAUCCUUGCUGGGGCCAGAUGGGAUCAACAGCAUGAGCGAGCAGGGCAUGACUCCACUGAUGUAUGCUUGUGUCAGGGGUGAUGAGGCUAUGGUGCAGAUGCUGCUAGAUGCUGGAGCAGAUCUGAAUGCUGAGGUUGUCAGUACUGCUCAUAAAUACCCAUCCGUCCACCCUGAGACCCGCCAUUGGACAGCUCUGACAUUUGCUGUGUUGCAUGGACAUAUUCCUGUAGUUCAGCUAUUGCUGGAUGCUGGAGCAAAGGUAGAAGGUUCCUUAGAGCAUGGAGAGGAAAAUUACUCUGAAACUCCUCUACAGCUGGCAGCAGCUGCUGGAAAUUUUGAACUGGUCAGUUUGCUGUUGGAGCGAGGAGCUGACCCCAUGAUAGGAACAAUGUACAGGAAUGGCAUUUCCAUGACUCCACAAGGUGACAUGAACUCUUUCAGUCAGGCUGCUGCACAUGGACACAGGAAUGUUUUCCGCAAGCUGCUCGCUCAGCCGGAGAAGGAGAAGAGUGAUAUCCUGUCGCUGGAGGAGAUCCUGGCUGAGGGCACGGACCUGCCCGACUCGGCGGCAGCCCCGCUCUGUGCCAGCCGCAACAGCAAGGCCAAGCUGAAGGCCCUGAAGGAGGCCAUGUACCACAGCGCCGAGCACGGCUACGUGGACGUCACCAUCGACAUCCGGAGCAUAGGUGUUCCCUGGACACUGCACACGUGGCUGGAGUCUCUGCGCACAUCCUUCCAGCAGCACCGACGGCCCCUCAUCCAGUGCUUGUUAAAGGAGUUCAAGUCCAUUCAGGAAGAGGAGUACACUGAGGAGCUUAUCACACAAGGGUUGCCUCUGAUGUUUGAGAUACUGAAGGCCAGCAAGAACGAGGUGAUCAGCCAGCAGCUCUCUGUCAUUUUCACUCAUUGCUAUGGACCCUACCCAAUUCCAAAGCUUGUGGAGAUUAAGCGCAAGCAGACCUCCCGCCUGGAUCCCCAUUUUCUUAACAAUAAAGAGAUGUCAGAUGUCACAUUUCUGGUGGAAGGAAGACCAUUUUAUGCUCAUAGAGUGUUGCUAUUUACUGCAUCACCAAGGUUUAAAGCAUUGCUGUCUAGCAAGCCCUCGUCUGAUAGUACUUGUAUUGAGAUCAACUAUGUGAAGUACCCCAUCUUUCAGCUGGUUAUGCAGUAUCUUUAUUAUGGAGGUGCAGAGUCACUCCUGAUUAAAAAUAAUGAAAUUAUGGAGCUUCUCUCUGCUGCUAAAUUUUUCCAGCUUGAAGCUUUACAACGACACUGUGAGAUAAUUUGUGCAAAAAGCAUUAAUACAGAAAACUGCGUGGAUAUUUAUAAUCAUGCCAAGUUCCUCGGCGUCACAGAACUAUCUGCCUAUUGUGAAGGCUACUUUCUAAAAAAUAUGAUGGUCCUCAUUGAAAACGAAGCUUUCAAACAAUUGUUGUAUGACAAGAAUGGAGAAACAUCUGGUCAGAAUGUACUAGAGGACUUACAGAGGACGUUGGCCACAAGGAUUCAAUCAAUUCAUUUGUCUUCUUCAAAGGGCUCUGUUGUGUAAAGCUGAGGAAGAUGGUAACCCUCUAAUCAAAGACCCUGCAAGUUAAGUCUGCUGUUGCAGUUGCUCAAACCUGUUGCAGUUGCUUAAAUGACUACAAAAAAAAAAGAGAAAAUGUAAAAAAUUCUACAUUGCAUCCAAAUAGUUCUGUUCCAGCCAAAGGCACUGCGCUGGGGCUGUGUCCCCACCUGGAUGAGAGAAUACAGAAGACAAAGUUCCUCCCUGGUUUUGAGCAAGCUGGGUACCAGAGUAUCCAGUGAAUUGCCCUUGUACUCACAUGCUGAACACGAGCCUGUUCGUGGAGCUUGAUGCCAACGAAAGCCAGAACUCACAUCAGUGAACAGCAGAAGUCCCUGCCUGAAGGGUAGUGCUGGGGAACACCUGAAUUGACCAAUUAAUCAUUUAAGUCAGAUUUGUUCCAGUGUUACAGAAUUAAGAACUGUAUCUAUCCCAGAGUCCAUUAUCUCGUGCAUUUAAGAAAUGUAAGAACUGUUAUUGCUGUCCAGCAAAGAUCAACUGUAUUAGAGAGUGGGUAAGACUGUUACAGUUGAGGAAAUAUACUGGCAGAUUUUUAGGGGUGGGAACUUUUUAAACUGUUCGUAAAAAAUAAUGGGGUGGCCUUGUAGUUUAAAACCUAUUUCUUAAGCUUAAUUUCUCAUUUUCAACAGAGCUGUGUUUGAGAAUCUAUGUAACACGUUUUGGUUUUUUAAAUGGUAAAAAUGUACAUUGUGUAAACACACGUAUGAUCAAUUUUUGCUUGUAUUCCUUCCUAGGGUGGUAUAAUCUUGCCUAAGGGGCUAUGGUUACGCCAGACAGGCACAUUACCCAGACUGUCUCUAAUACAGUAGUUGGGGGGGGCAGGAGAACUGCAUGCUACUCGUGAUUUGGGUUGAAUUCAAUGACAAACUCAACAAACAUGCGUUUGCAUGGUAACUGUACCUGUGAAAUGUUACGUUCGUGCUUCGUUUUGCCAGGACAAAUGCAAUGUUACUUCUUGUCAAACUUCAUCUGUGAAAUUAGCUUAUUUUUUUAUCUGGUGCGAUUGGCUGCGAUAUGAUACCCCUGGAGCUCCUUCUCGAGAUGCUGAUUUCUGUUUGUUGCAGUGAAGAGAUAAUAACAGAUCUCUACUAUAGUGAUGUGUGGAUAUUUUGCUACUGGCCAGGGAUUGUGUCUGAGUAAGACUUUUUAAAAUUAUAAUUAAAUAUGUACUGUAGAAUGAUUUCUCACUGUAUCCAGAGAAUGUAUAGGUAAUCUACAAAUGCAGGGCUUGGGUGGGGUGGGGGUUGUGAUUUAAAUGUCAAAGCUUUGUUUAUUUUGCAACAUAUUGUUAGCAAGACAAAUCUAUGUGCCACAACAUUCCGGAUGCCUUCUCUCUGAAAACCACAGAAGCAGGCAAAGAUGUUGUCUUCUCCAUGGCAAGGUGACAUUAAUAUAUUUAUUUUCUAGCGUGCCAUUCUAAGAAAUUUAGAAGUUUGCAUGUUAACCUCUUUUUCUUUUGUUGAAGCAUCUACAUCAGGUGCCCCUUCCAUGUUCCAGCUUUUCCCAUGCUCAGAGAACACAGUUUUGGCUUUAGCUAUCAGUAGGAAGCUGUUUUAUGACUCUGAUGUGUAAAUCCUCCUUGUGCUUGGUCUUCUAAAGCCUCUGCAGUUUCUGCAACAAAUGACAAAAUGUCUAAACUGCCACCAGUGUUGCAGAGACACAGCAUAUCAGUCAAUUAGAUACUGCUUUCUGCACAGUAGGUGUUCACUCAAGGUGUUGUCUGGAACUUUAAAGUAAUGGCUACUUUUGUGUGAAUGUUGUGAUCACAGAGAAGCAAGACCAUAGUUAAUACAACAGCAACACAGGGGUGAUUGUUGUUGCUUGGUGUGCCUUCUGAUCCAUGGAAACCCAUCCUUCUAUGACAAAAAUAACUAGCUAAGAGCAGACCUCACCCUGCAGCCUCAUGGUUUAAAAUAGCAAAGUUUUUAAAACAAUAAUCGUUAUAUUAAAUGGGAGGGAAACACUGGUAACUCCGCGCUAGUUCUUGUGAGUUGAGAGUACCUGUGGUGAAGUUCUCUGGGUUUCUUUCAGCAGUGAAGGGCUCAGUGGGGCCUUUGGUGGCUGUACGUGGCGUGGUCACUGUGUUUGGGCACCCCGAGCUGUUACAGGAAGGGACUGCAGCUAAGGAUUUAUACAGGAAUAACUUCUGCUCUUGAAAAUACUGGUAAUCGAAACAUCACAGACGUAUAACUGAAGAAAACCUUAAGAAAAAAAGUCAUAACUUUCAAUUUUUUUUGACCAGUGGUCCCCAGGACAUUUGCCAGCAGAAAAGCCAGCCUGUGUAAACUUGCCAUUCGUUUCUCCUGGAAGCAGCCAGCAAACCUUUGUGGAUCCAAAAAGCAGAGUUCAGAAAGGGUGAUUUUAGUCUGCCUCUCCUGAUGUGAGGCUGGGUGAGGUCCAGCUGAGCCAUGCCAGACAAUGUGCAGCUGGCAGGCUGUUCAAAAAUCCAUUCACAGGGAUCCAUGAUCUUCACCACUCUCUUAAUCAGAAGGUUUUCCUAAAAGACAUGAGAAUUUCUUCAUUGCAAAUCAAGCCACUUUUCCUUCAAGUCCUGAUUGACAAGAAAAACAGAUGAUCUUACAAGAUUUUUUUAGAAAGUUAUUCUAUGUAUGAAAGGAAUUAUCCACCUUGCAUCACUAGUAUAGUCUUUCCUAGUUCCUUUGUUAGUGUUUUCUAAGGCUCUGAUUUUUGCUGUCAUUUCCCUCAUGGCUUCCCAUUUUCCUCAAAUUUCUGUACUUCAUCAGGAGUUUUAUACAUUAACAAGCAAAGCAGGGAAACUGUUGCUGUGGUUUAUGUAAAGCAUAUCAGAAAAUACAUCUCUAAAUAUUUUCUACAAGAACAUCCCAUGGCUGACUUUGAUCUAGUCUGUCUUAUAAUUCCUGAGGGAUUCACUGCUGCCUUCCCAAGGAGUUCUAUCUUAAUUUGUGCAUUUGUUUACUACACCUUUCAAAAUAUAACUCUUUUAAUUUCUCUUUAUUAAAUUUGUUCUGCUCUAAUCAGGGCAAUUUCCCCACUUCAUCAAGAUCAAUUUCAAUUCUGAUCGUGUCUUCUAGCCUGUUUCAUAAUCACCAACCUUUAUUAUAUGUGGCUUCAUGCAUGGAUUCUUCAUUCCAUUAAUCUGGGGCUGGGGGAAGGGCUCUUGUCAAUUUAAUCUAAAAAACAAUGUGAGUUUCAGUGGGUGCCCAUGAAUACCAUCCCUAUCAGAUAAGGCUCUUUCCAACAGAGCAUUUUAUUAGCAUUUUUUUGAGACAUGGUGUUAUCAUCUUGGAAAAUAAAAAGCUUUCUCUUCCUUUAGUCUUUGUAUGAGUUGCAAUAAUUUACACAUUUUGAGGCCAAAUAUUGCCUCCAGACUUGGUAAAAUGGAAAAAAAUACAACAUCCUUAGAAAAACUUAGGAUUUUCUUUUUUUAGUCAUCAUUUUCCAGCCUGUAAUGAGUGAAGGUGCCUUUCCAUCUGUCAUUGUUAUACUAAUCCACUGCUGUAAUAUUUGAGGACUUACAGACAUCCUGUCCCUGCCUCAUGGCAGAUCUUUCCUUAUAUCCCUACACAGUCCUCCCUUAGUUUCCAGAAUUUCCUCAGAUUCCUACUUAGCUUCGUGUGCUGCCUGCCAGUUUCCACACUUCCCAGUUUUUUGGGGUUUUUUUUCACUCUAGAGCCCUGCUGGAUUCCUUCCCAAGCCCAGAAGUGGUAUCUGUUGUCCUGAAUAGCUGAUUUUCCAAUAAUUGGCUCAAGAGCUGGAAAGAGAAAAGGAUGGGGAAUGUAGGAGAGCAAAGGUUUUGGACAUCACAGGGGAAGGCUGGCAUUCUUUUAAUUUCAAAUUUCAGCACUGUCUACUUAUUUCUCUGAUUUUCCCCUGAUCUAUUCCUUAGGCCUGCUGUCCUCUAAACACAGCUGGUGGCCAGAUGCUGUCUGUUCUGGAACAGGGCCAGCUUUCUAAUGGCUAAGACUAUUUUUUCCCCAGCUAAAACUUCUGCCUGCUUGGUUUCAGCUCCGGAGUAGAUUUGUGCAAAUGUCUGUAAAGACAUCUUUAAAAAGGUGUGAAGGUUUAGUAGCCAGGCUCCUGUUGGCACUAAUGAGAGCUGCUUGCUGAAUCCUCCACGUGCUGCUUUGGACACUGAGCCUUUUCCCACUGAAUAUCCUCUGGCUUCAUACCAAACGUUGCACAAGUCCUGGAUGGGCUGCAGUGUGUGAUGUGCUGGGGGCUUUCAUAAAUUCCAGUUUUGUUUCAAAGCAUAGCAACAUGUGCUGCUCUUUAAAGGUGAGAAAUAAGAAGGGAAGUUUGCACUGAAAUAAACUGCUCUGGAUAAAAAGGAAAGGCCAUCUCUUCUUCCUAGCUGUACCUGCCUAAAAUCAGAGGAGGCUUCUGUUAAGGUGUGGAAUGCUGCUAGGUCUGUGGGGACUCAGGCAUGCCAGGACCCUGUUUAAGUGUUGUUUUUUUUUAAAGUUAACACAUUCACAUACUCAAGGCAAGGGUUAGGCCGUCCUAGAAAAAGUAGCCAUCCCUAGUGCUCCCGUCUAUGGGUUGAAUCCUGGGAGAAGCUGGGAACCUCCAGAACUAGUUGAAGUCAGUUGCACAUAUUCAGGGUCCCUCAGGUCCCUCAGGAGCUGGCUCUGGCUCUGUUUUAAAAAUACUGCUGAAAGAUGACAGCCUGAAACCUGCACUCAUUAAAGUUGCCUCUGAAGCCACUGUGGUAUUUUUUGGGUUGGGUUUGGUUUUUUGGGGGUUUUGUGUGUGUGUGUGUUUUUGUUUCAUUUGGUUUUUUUGGGGGGUUGUGGUUUGAUUGGUUAGUUGUUGGUUGGUUGGUUUUUUGUUGUUGUGUUUGUUUGAUUGUGAGGGUGGUGAAUGAGACUUACAUAAAGCCGAAGACUUUACGUUAGUUUGUUUGACAAAGUGUCUUUCUCAUGAGGCUCUGCAAGUGCUUUGCAGAAGUGAAGGGCCUGAUGUAGCUUUCAUCCUCUGGCACAGAGAUGUUGAGAUUUAUAAGAAUUUAAAAAGCUGCCUAGGAUUUUCCUAAAAUUUAAUAAACUAGUUUGCAAGAUGUUAGCCUUGAAAUAGCCCACAGAUAAUAUCUGAAACCCCAUAGAUGAGAACAUUACUAAUUUUAGAUGUCAACGUAUAAGCAAACAAACCUGCAGCACUACCAUACAUUUAUAACAAAAUUAUUAUUUUUUAAUCUUGUUAUUUAUUUUGAGGUAAGGCCUGUUAUCUCCAGUGGGUGAAAACAGCAGAUGCCCACUCUGACCAGAUUAUCACUUUUCAGUACAAUUUCACCUGACCUGUUGUUUGUAACUGGCCUUCAAGUGCAAAAACCAGCAAAGCCAAGUUGCUCAAUGCUCCAUGACUUCAGUGAGACCACUGCUGAGAAUAUUAUGUGUGUGGUGCCCAAAGCAGAAGAAAAAUCUGGAAACCUGCAGAAAGACUAAUGGGAAUUUGUUGGCUCCCUUCAGUGAGCCUUUGAGCUGGGGAAGCAAGCUCAGUGUGGGUAGGAGGAGGGUGUUCAGUUUCUUUUUGUUGCCAUUAAGCUGUCAUUCCUUCAGCUCUGUCCAAGGCUUCUUGCAUGGAACAGCCAUGACUGGCCUAGAGUGUGUUUACCUUGCAUGCCUGCACAGGACUUAAAAUGUGGUGUCUUACCACCUCAAAGUCAAGAGUCUCAUUAGAUGAUGGGGUUUGUGAUUUGCUUGGGCUACCCAUUGCUAAAACACACAGGAGACAUGGCAGCAACUUAAAAGCGAGGUUGUAUUGGUUGGGUAGGUUAAAUUCUACAAUCACCUUAUGCUUUGCGUGUUUAGUUGGCUAAAUCUGUCUACUUGAUUGUACCAGAACAACUACUUGGUUGUUUCCUUUCCUUUGGAGAGGCAUUUUUCACCUUCGGGCUGACCGUUUUGUUCUUUCAUCCCGUAGAGGUGGUGACAGCAUGGAAUGGGCGUGCUUAGCUUAGGCACAGGUUUCUGGCCAUGCUGGAUGGCACACUAAUGAAGAGGUCUUAGUAAGGGAAGAGGAUUAGGUCCAAGAAUUUGAAUGUAUAACCUCAGGUCAUUGCCUCUGAUUCCAGAGGUAUAGUGUUCACUCUUGCCUAAUUCAUUUGUCCCCCAACUCAGAGUUUCCAUGAAAUCAAAGGGAAGGGGAGAGCAGGAAGAGGGGAAGCAGCCCCAUCUCCCACCACUUGCUUGGCAUUCCCAACCAGCCCAGUUGGCUCCAGUCUCUUCGGUGCUCACACAGAGGGUUUGUUUGGUCCUGUGCUCAGAUAUAGCCAUGGAGUUGAAGCAAUCAGUGGCACUUUCUUGUCCUUACAAAUAUCUGCACUGCUGCUGCUGGUUAAUUUUGGUCUUCCCACUCCCCAUCAUCUCUGCUGCUGUGGUAUCAUUAAAACUUCCAUUAUUUGGCUUUGCCCAGCACAGUGAGAGGCAAUCUUGUUUCUUACUGCUUUUCUAGGGCAAACAAAGACAGGGAGAAAGCCUUGCUGAAAUACCCAAUUGAAAAUCAUUUAUGGUUUAUAAUAAGCCACAAAAGAAAGGAGAGAUUCUCAGAAACAAAAAAAAAAAGAGACUGCCACUUUAGGAAAAUCAGUGUGCUAGGAGGUAAUUUUUAUUAAUUAAGGUCAAAACCUUAUUUUGGCAGGGACAGAUUAACAUGUUUCAAAACAUCUGGACUUGUUAAAGCUACAGGUUCAAGAGAGUCCAGCCUUACCCUUUCCCCUUCCCAGCAGUGGAUAAAUUGAAUAUCUGGUAGCUUACUGCAUGAGAGGCUUUCAGAUGAGCCUUUCCAAAGUCAGGUUCUCUCUGUUCUGCAUAGCUUUUGAAAAGCUCACAACACAUCUGCAAGCUGGGAUUUGCUCCUCAGCACAGUCGAAAGCCCCCUGUACCCCAGUUGUGCCUUACUGGGGCAGAAAGUAGGAAGGAGCACAGGAAGCCUCUGGAGCCUCUUCAGAGUGAAAGCUGCUUCCCCAGCAUCCGAGCAGUCUCUUUGGUCAAAUACCCUGCUUAACCCAGUCAGUUCAAUACCUUGGGAACUGAGUUUUGUCUUGCAAUUAUUAAGCCAAUGACUAAUUGUGCCAUUUGGGGAUGCAGUAAAAUGUGCAGUCUUACUUCGGUUGUGGGUAAUGUUUAUCCAUUGAAGAAUACAUGAACUAUAGGAAUGUAUCUCAGAGCUUUUUGACCUCAUGUUCCUGGCUAGAUUCCAAUUCAUACUAGAAAAGCUUGACCCUUUUAAAUCCCAUCGGUGCAUUUUGACCAGAAGGUUGCUUCUUGUUCCUGUUUCUCUGGAGCCUUGCAGCUGUUCUGCAGCCAUAUGUGCUGUGCCAGUGGGGAACAGAGGUGCCUGAACAUUAUGCAGACACCAAGUUAAGCAAAUCCCGCUCUCUGCAGUGCAGGACAUUCCUCCUACUGGUCUCUUUGGCAUUUUGGGGAAGGUUGAAUAAUGGAUCUCUGCUGUUUACAGCCCCAAGUUAGGAUCAGUGCUCCUCUUCUCCACUCUCUCUUAGCUGUGCCAUCUACCAUGGAGAGGAGAGAAAAGAAAAACCCACAGGAAAUAACACAUUCUCUCAACCUGCCCUCCCCACCCCCAGUAACAGGUGGGCUGCUAGAGCAUCCUUCAGUCCUACUCCUCUGAAAGCUUCUUGUAAUGCUAUUUGUACAUUAGUUAUCCUCAGAGCAGGCUUUUCAUUAGGUUAAAGUCUGGAAAGUGUCUUAAGUCAUUCACAGCAGAAGUGAGAUUGUAAAACAUUGAAUUGCAGUCAUCCAUGCUGAGAAUUUUCUGUUUCUUUGUGGGUUUUGGUGUUGUGUUGGUUGGCUGGUUUUGGGGGGAUUUGGAGGGGGUUUUGCUUGGUUUGUUAUUGGGAAGAAAAGAUGAAGCAUGUGCAGUGCUUUGGAUUUUGUGUCCAUAGUUAUCAUUGUAUGUAUGUUCAAGAGAGAGAGAUGGACAGUAAAUAGAUAUACAGGAUAUGUUAUGAGGUGUGAAGUCACGUUUGUAAUGAGAUUUCUUGUUAAAGGCAGUCAGCCUUCCUUGAUGCUAAGCAUUAAUGCAAUAUCCAUUAGUGCAGCUAAACCACCCUCUGCUUCACUUUCCCAAAUGAGUUUCACUUUGUACCUCGUUUAGCAUUUAUAAAUACUUGAUACAGGGUUCAAGAAGUAAUUUACAUGUUAAAAAUAUAUGAACGUUCUAUGAAAAAAUACAAGUUAAGAUUCUACUAUAACAUCAUUCACAAACCAAAACGUGACAGCAUGAUGAAAUUUGCUCCAUUAAAAUGGCUGGAAGCCUUUUCAUUGAUUUCUCUAGUCUGUGGAUUAGGUCUGUUUUCCAUCUCUCAUAAUAGUGUCACCUUUGAAGUCUUUGCAGGCCAAAUGCAUAUAUGUAAUUAGAAAGCACAGUCUGAACUUCAAAUGGAGAAUGAUCAGCUUCUGAAGGGCUGGGUUUAUGUCUUUAUCACUGAAAGCAACACCUAAAUUAGAAGUCCCUGUGUGAGCAUCCCGAAAAGACAGAAGAGCAGCACUGUCUGUGGGACAGCUCUUUACUUCCUUUCUCCCUCUUCACAUACACUCCCACCUGUCCCUGAGAUGUCUUGGGACUGAAAGCUAAGAAAGAAAAGUGAAAACAAGAGGACAGGAUGUCCCAGAAAUAAGAUGUGCAGAGCCACUGUGCUGAUCUUGAUUUUUUUUUUUUUUUCAGAUUUUAGGCAGACUCCUAAUUUGUGUAAUACAAACCCAGUAAUGGUUAUGAUUGUUUUGCAUUUGUUAUGGUUGUUAUGAAUUUGGGUUUGGUUUUUUUUUCCUAGUAAAGUGGUUUUGCUUGCUGCCAUCUUUUGUUGGGGUUUUAUGUGAAGGUUUCAUUUCACUUUUUAUUGAGAAGGAAAUGAAAGAUCACAUAACCCAACAGCCAUCAUCAGCAAACACACAGAUCCUGUCUUCCAUCCCGCAGAUGCGGCUUAAAUACUGGUUUGUGGCUUCACAGGCAUGUUUGAGGUCAUCUAUAAUUCUAUAAUUAACAACACAGGUGAAGCUUUUUCCCCCCUUGUUUACCCAUUUAUGGUGGAUAAAAACAAAAUAACAGAGUAUGGACAAUAGGGUAGCAGACAUUUUUCAAUGGAGAAAGAUUAUAUCUAAGAAAUACAAAUGUUUCUGGAACCAAAUAUUUUUUUCUGAAAAGGACAGAUAAGCAUCUGUAGCUCAUUCAAAGAUACAAUUCUCUUGUGUGUGUUAGAUGCUUUUGAAAACUGCCUGGUUUGUGCUGUUAAGGAUCCGGCACAAUCCCCCCACCCCCAGAGAGACUAACUGGGGGCACUCAGAACCAAGGUAGAAGGGAAUGUAUAAAAAAUAGAGGAGCUCGGCCAUAAUUUGAGGUGAUGGCUUUGCUUCUGUCCACUGCGUCCACAACUUGAACAUUAUUUUAAAGGGUGUGUUUGUAUUUAAUUUCUUUUGAAUUCUUUUUUUAAUUGCUGCAGCACUCUCACAGCAUCUUCUCCAAGUGCACCUUAGGUCAUCUUAAACCCCAUUUAAUGUCUGUCUGAUGCUGAUCCUUUUAAAAUCUCCAAUGAGAUUAUGAUUCCUUUGUCAUAAGAUAUCAUUUUGUUAAGGCUGUCUAAAGGCACUGCAGCAUGUGAAAUCAGCAAGUUGUUUUUUAUUAUUGCAUUACUCUGAAAAAGGAAAAAACCUAAUGAGAUCUUUGUUUCCAGUGUGACAUGCCUCCCUUAGCUUGAGAGGACAUGUGCAAACCCUCUGCUGUGAAUGCCUUGAUAUAAUCAGCUUACAAAAGGGUGGAAAAUAGUAUUACAGAAAGAUUUUUGUGGGACAUAAUUCCAGUGGAGCAGAACACGCCCUUGCUAAAGACUGCUCUCUUGCUCUAUCUUUCCUGAAGUCAGUGGGAAUUUUUAAUGGGAGUUACUACAAGGCUGUAUGGUUCUUUAAUGCACUAGCAGAUGUAAUUUCCCAUCCAGUCAUCUGCACAGUUGUGGUUGGUACACCAUAAAGGCUGAAGGCCAAAUCCUGCUGUCACUGCACACAGCCCCUCUGCUUCAGCAGGGAUCGUAAACAUGUACUGAUGUUACUUGAGGUUUCUGCUGAAGAGAAAUGGGAGAGGGCAGGCCUUCCUCCUGCUCCUUGAUCACAGGCUUUGCAUUCCCAAUGACUUUUAUUAGAAGCAUCAUAUAUUUACAUGCUGCAGAAUGAGGCCUGCGUGGGAUGGGAAAGAUUUUUAUUAAUUUAGACCUGCCUAAGAAAACAACCGUUCUAAUUUUAGACAAGUUGCAUUCCAUAUCCAUCUGUUUAGAGCAUCAGUCUGUUUAGUAAAUUGCAUUUGGACUUUUUUUUUUUUUUUCUUUUGAGGGCAUCGCCUGUCGUCAGCCAGUGUAAAAUAGCACCAAGGACUUCCAGACAUACCCAUAGGGCCAAACUGUGCCAGCUUCACACACCACAGUCCCAUGAAAAGCGAGGAAAGCUGGACUGGGUGCAUGAAGUGCAAGCGCCCUGACAUCCAGUUACAUGUCCUGCCUCAUUUCAUAGAGAUGAAUGAUAUCCUGGAAAAAAAACCCCAAACAUUUGGUGCCACUUCAUGAGAGUUUAAAAUGUCUUGAAAUCAAGGAAAUUAUUCUAGACAUGGCUGUAGUCUAUCAAAUCCAACCCUGUGCAUAGGCAGAACUCCAAGUGAAAGUAACAGGAGUUUCCAUUACGGAGUUUGCACAAGAAAGCCUACAUAAUGAACUUGACAAAACGUCAACUUUGUGUAAACUCUCCCGGUGGGUCUGUAUAAAGGUUUUUUAAGAAAUCUUCAUUGGAACACACCAGAGAAUAAUAAACUUGCACCUUGAUAGAAUAGCUUUAUUUGUAUAUACUCUAUGUAAAUUUGAAACCAGAGGAUACAUGUCAUUCCUUGUACAUAUCUGACUAGAAUGGUGGCAGUGCUGUGCACUGCUCUUUACGGGAUCCAGCUUCUCAGUCCUGGAUUUCCAGCUGUAAAGGCUGCAGGAGACUGCUUGGGACCAGCUAAAACAUUGGAUGGAUAGAUGCUCACCACUCACUGCUUACAAAUGCGGGAGCAGGACAUGGAAUAGAUGUUGGCUAUGGAGAAGAUUGCUUGCCUCUACUCCUGGCUAAAGGACAAGUGCCUCCUUUGCUGUCAUCUCCAACAGAAGUGAUUUAUGGUCAGAGUGUGGGAACCUUCAGAACCCUGUUUGGUUUUUCAAAGGGGUCUGAGAUUCAGGUAUCACAUGGGGAGGUCCCUGAAGAAGCAGUGUGUACAUACAUCUACCUACUUGUCUGUCUGUUAUCUAAUAUCCCACUGUUUCUGUAUUGAAUGGUCUCAGUAACCUGUAAACAAGUGAUUGCUCCUGUUGUGCUACUGCUUUGAAAUUCUUUGCAUGCACUCUGGCAUAUAAUUCUUUAAGAAAAGAAAUUAUACAUAUUAUAUAUACAUAUAUAUAUAUAUAGUAGCUUGCAAAAUAUUCAUGUUGAAGAGCCAUGUUUUGUGCAAAUUGUACAUUUAUGUUGUGAGCAAUAUUGCAAUACAAACUUUUAUUAGUUGUCGAUAGUAGAUUUAUCACAUUAUUUUUGAGUGUAUGUACGUAUCCUAAGCUUUCAACCUCAGGCUUAGAUCAGCUACUGAAGGAAGUUUUUUUUUCUGUGCAGUAGAAAUAGCACAGGCUUUCAGUAAAUAGGCAGGUGUGCAAGUCCCAUUCUGUUUAAUGCAAGUUGCAAGGCUGAUUCCUCAUUCAGGUUGUCAGGCAAAUACUCUCUUGUCAGUGCUGGAAUUCGUGUUUGGUAUGAGGAUCCUGUUGCACUCAUCUAGAACACAACUCAAACCCCAACAUUGCAAAACAAAGUGCUUGACUCCUACUGCCCUCUAUCUCCACAGGUGCUCCAAUAAAAACACAAGGAGGACUUAAGUAACUCCCAAUUCCCUGCUGGAUAGCCAAUGUUAUAUUUUCAAAUGUUCAUGCUACAUAGUUUUCAAUGUAGGGGCUAGAUAAAAGUAUAAUACCAGUAGGGAUUUAGAAAAGCUACAGUGUUUGGAGCUUGACCUUGAAACUUCUACCUGAUUCCUGAACGUCAUCGGGGGCUUUGUUUGCUCAAUGUUUACCUCUGAGAAAUGUAUGCUAUUGAUUUAAAUGUUUAAUAUAUUGACUGCCUUUUUUUUUUUUUUUUUUUUGUAUAUUUGUUAUCAUAAAGGUUUGGUUUAAAUGCUAAUUGUGGUCUAUUUUCAGACUUGAAAUACUUACGGUUCUGUAUUUAGGAGGCAAAGUUAUUAAUGAAUAUAGCCAUUUGGUAUUUUAUUCCUGUUUUAUACAGCUGCCCCCAUAGGUUAUUACCAGAUAGCAAUGAAUAUUGCUGAACAGCAGGUGGAACUCCUUUGAGUGUGUUUAUGAGCCAUCUCUGUUCAAUAAAAAUUCCAUUGUUUUCUA